AAUUUUCAUUUUUCCAAGAGAAGAUUUUUUCUCUCUCCGGCAAAAAGGAAGAAGAGAGCUACAACAAUGCCUCCUCGCACGGAAAAGGAUAGAAAAAACCCGAGGCUCCCACCGGAGGUGACUCGCCUACUCUACGUUCGUAACCUUCCCUUUAGCAUAACGAGCGAAGAUAUGUACGAUCUCUUCGGAAGGUACGGCGCGAUUCGCCAGAUUCGAAUCGGUUGUGACAAGGGCACAAAAGGCACGGCUUUCGUUGUAUACGAGGAUAUCUACGAUGCCAAGAGAGCUGUCGACCAUCUCUCUGGCUUCAAUGUAGCGAAUCGGUACCUUAUCGUGCAGUAUUACCAACACGCGAAGAUGAGCAAGAAGCUUGACUUGAAGAAGGAAGAAGAGGAGAUUACUAAGUUGCAAGAGAAGUAUGGAGUCUCUACUAAAGAUAAGUAAUCGAUGUUCUUGUGGUCGUUGCUGCGAUUUAGGGUUUUUUU